GGGAAUUGCAAACGACACAGGGACAGAGAGAGAACUUCAACUUCUUCCUCUCUCUUUCCGGUUCAGUAGAAACGAAAGCUCUACACGCAUCAAUGGCGAAGGAGAAAGCAGACAAGGAGAAGAAGCUGUUCGUUGGAGUCGUCUGGAACUACGCGGCGGAGCUGAAGCUACUACUGAUGGCUCUGUUAAUCCUCUGCACAUUAGCUACUCUUCUCCAAUUCAUCCCUUCCCGCUUCACCAUCUCCACCUCCGAUCUCCGCUUCUGCAUCUCCAGAGUCAGCACUUCCGCCCAAGUCCAGGCCCUCGCCCAAGCACCGGGCCAGUCAGAUAUAGCCACCGCCACCGCCACCGCCGCAGCUGCAGCACCGUCAUCAACACCAUCUUCCCCGCCGCCUCCGACUCCGCCACCGCCGCCAUCUGUUGAGCUCGACAAGGUGCUGGAAAAUGGCGUCCUCAAGCGGGCCUUCAACCCGUACGGCUCCGCCGCCUACAGCUUCAUCACCAUGGGAGCUUACAGAGGCGGCAUGAACACUUUCGCCAUUGUGGGCCUGGCCUCUAAGCCUCUCCACGUCUACUCCAACCCCAAAUACGAGUGCCACUGGGUCCCGAAUCUCAAUUCGACCCGACGCAUUUCCUCAAUCGCGUACAAAGUGCUGCCGGAUUGGGGCUACGGCCGAGUCUACACAGUCGUGGUCGUGAACUGCACAUUCUCCCAGCCCAUAAAUGCCGACAACUCCGGCGGUAAACUCCUCCUAUUAGCCACCACCGAAGGCGGCGGCGACCGGAAGUUCAACACCACCGACACAAUCCAGGUCUUAACCGAAGAACCCAACACUUUAAACCCCGGAAUCUUCACCGCCCGGCCUAAAUACGACUAUAUAUACUGUGGCUCUUCGUUGUACGGAAAUCUGAGUCCCCAGAGAGUGAGGGAGUGGAUUGCUUACCACGUCCGGCUCUUCGGGCCCAGAUCCCACUUCGUCAUCCACGACGCCGGUGGGAUCCAUGAGGAGGUGCUGGAGGUGCUGAAACCAUGGAUGGAGCUCGGAUACGUGACGCUGCAGGAUAUCAGGGACCAGGAGAGGUUCGAUGGGUACUAUCACAACCAGUUCAUGGUGGUGAAUGAUUGCUUGUUCCGGUAUAAAUUCAUGGCGAAGUGGAUGUUCUUCUUUGAUGUGGAUGAGUACAUUUACAUGCCUCCCAAGAGCAAUCUAAAGUCGGUGCUCGAUUCGCUGUCGGAUUACACGCAGUUCACCAUUGAGCAGAUGCCCAUGAGCAGCAAGCUCUGCCUCCUCGAAGAUUACCACAAAACUUACAGGAAAUGGGGGUUUGAGAAACUUGUGUACAAAGAUGUGAAGAGAGGGAUACGAAGGGACCGGAAAUACGCGGUGCAACCGCGCAAUGUGUACGCCACGGGCGUGCACAUGUCGCAGAAUGUAGCAGGAAAAACAACGCACAAGACGGAGAGCAGGAUCCAGUAUUUCCACUACCACGGAACCAUUGCCACUCGGGGGGAGCCCUGCAGACGGCUGAUCAACACGACCGAGAUCUAUGUUGACAAAGUACCUUAUGCUGUGGACACGACGCUGAGAAGUGUCGCUGGCUCUGUGAAGAAGUUUGAGCUCAGGAUGAUUGGAUCCAGGUUACAAAACACCAGACAAUAAGGGGCACACCAUUUUCCCACUUUUUUUUUAUUCCUUUUAUUUUUAUUUAUUUUAUUUUCUUGUUGGUUUUUUUCUAUGUUAAUGUUUAAUUUAAUUACGGUUGUAGAACAGAACAUUCUUUGGAGGGUUGAGAGUUCUUCCUUGUAUAUUAGUUUUUAGUAAAAGGGUAUAUAAUAGUUUUCAGACAUGUCACAUGGUUUGGAGUAUAAAUAGAUGGGAAUAAUAUAAACCUUCGAGUUUCACCUU